CGCUGCUGAAUAAAGCAUAAAAGGGUGAAAUGAUUUAAUGCUCGAACUCUUUAAGUGACUUUGAUGACACGAUGACGUAAUUCUGUUCUAGUGUAGAGUUAAUACAGAAAUAAACGUUUUAUUUUAAUUCAAAUUUGAUAAAGAGCGGGAAGAGCAAACAAAGGAAACUGAAUCGCUUGUGGGAGGGUCACCUUCAAACACGAGACUGUGGGCGGGAAACACUUUCAUUGGCUCUCUAUCCGACCCGUCAAACUAUGAGCUGACCAAUAGAAACAUUUUAUAGGUUCGGCCGACGAAGACACGCAAUCAGACAACAGGCUCCGUUCCGCUAAACAUUUGCAUGUGAGAGUGAAUAAAUACCACAGCGACGAGACUCUUCAACAUUCAGCAUUUACUCAUCUGUGAAGAAGCAUCAUGCCUGAACCAGCCAAACCCGCGCCCAAGAAGGGCUCUAAGAAGGCCGUCACCAAGACCGCCGUUAAGGGAGGAAAGAAGCGCAGAAAGUCCAGGAAGGAGAGUUACGCCAUCUACGUGUACAAAGUGCUCAAGCAGGUCCACCCCGACACCGGCAUCUCUUCCAAGGCGAUGGGCAUCAUGAACUCUUUCGUCAACGACAUCUUCGAGCGCAUCGCCGGUGAGUCGUCUCGUCUCGCGCACUACAACAAGCGCUCCACCAUCACGUCGAGAGAGAUCCAGACCGCCGUGCGUCUGCUGCUGCCCGGUGAACUCGCCAAACACGCCGUGUCCGAGGGCACCAAAGCCGUCACCAAGUACACCAGCUCCAAGUGAAUGAUGAUGAUGAUGAUGAUGAUGAUGAUGAAAACUCACGCGCUCUUCCUGCACAGAUGAUCUGAAGAAGAAUGACAGUAGGAGCAGCAAACACUGACACCUCAACAAUCACUAGAAUCACUAGAAGACACAAGAACACCAUUAAAUCCAUCAAACUCUCAAACACAUGAGAAACAAACACAAGAUGAGUUCAGUGAGAGUUUCACUCAUGUACUUAUGUAACAGGACACAUGGAUCACA